UACCUCUUUUUUGUGGCCCUUCUCUUCUUGGUGCUUGUUGCCUGGUCUUCAGGGGACCUUUUCUAACAGUAAAUCCAAGGAUAGGAAGAUAUAACCACUCAUUUGAUAUCAUCUGUCAGGCUGCACAUUGCAAACCUUGCUUACUAUCGACAGAAAUAGUCAGAUAUCAGUCAGGGCGUCGACUGGCCACCACAGCAGAGAGCAUCCAUUCAUCCUUUCAUUGGAGCAGCUGAGGUGUUCAGUGCAGCUAAGCUAAGAGGCAGCAAAGGGGACAAGCUGUGUGCAAAGAGGGAUUUUCUGCAAACAUGUCGGGUUACCAAGGAAAGAAGAAUAUUCCACGAAUUACAAGUGACCGUCUCCUCAUCAAAGGAGCAAAGAUAGUGAACGAUGAUCAGUCAUUCUUGGCUGAUAUCUACAUGGAGGAUGGAGUCAUCAAGCAACUAGGCGACAACCUCAUCGUUCCCGGGGGAGUUAAGAUCAUAGAGGCUCAUGGGAGAAUGGUGAUGCCUGGGGGUAUUGACGUGCACACCCGAUUCCAGAUGCCCGACCGAGGCAUGGUGGCAGCGGACGACUUCUACCAGGGCACCAAGGCGGCCUUGGCUGGAGGGACCACUAUGAUCAUCGACCACGUGGUGCCGGAGCCUGGCGUCAGCCUGGUCGCAGCUUUCAAACAGUGGAGGGAGUGGGCUGACAGCAAGUCCUGCUGCGACUACUCUCUGCAUGUGGACAUCACUGAGUGGAACACAGGCACUCAGGAAGAGAUGGAGACUCUAGUGAAGGAUCAUGGUGUCAACUCUUUCCUGGUCUAUUUGGCUUAUAAGGAUGUUUUCCAACUUUCUGACUCUGAGAUCUACGAGGUCUUCAGUGUCAUCAGAGACCUUGGAGCCAUUGCACAGGUGCAUGCUGAGAAUGGAGACAUCAUUGCAGAGGAGCAGAGACGUAUUCUCGAGCUGGGCAUCUCUGGCCCCGAAGGCCACGUGCUUAGCCGCCCAGAGGAGGUGGAGGCCGAGGCAGUCAAUCGCUCCGUCACCAUAGCCAAUCAGACCAACUGUCCCCUCUACAUCACCAAGGUGAUGAGCAAGAGUGCUGCUGAUGUCAUUGCUCUCGCCAGGAAAAGGGGUGCCGUGGUUUACGGAGAGCCCAUAUCUGCCAGCUUGGGCACAGAUGGUACCCAUUACUGGAGCAAGAACUGGGCCAAGGCAGCAACCUAUGUCACCUCUCCACCGCUCAGUCCCGAUCCCACCACCCCGGACUACCUUAACUCUCUGUUGUCAUGUGGGGACUUGCAGGUGACUGGUAGUGCUCACUGCACUUUCCACACUUCUCAGCGUGCAAUAGGCAAAGAUAACUUCACCCUAAUCCCAGAGGGCACCAACGGCACCGAGGAGAGGAUGUCCCUGAUCUGGGACAAAUGUGUGGUGACUGGCAAGAUGGAUGAGAACCAGUUUGUGGCGGUGACCAGCACGAACGCAGCCAAGAUCUUCAACCUGUUCCCCCGCAAGGGCCGCAUCGCCGUGGGGUCUGAUGCUGACUUGGUGCUGUGGGACCCAGACGUCACUAAGAUCAUCUCAGCUAAGAGCCACAACCUGGCUGUGGAGUACAACAUCUUUGAGGGCACAGAAGUGCGCGGAGGUCCUGUGGUGGUGAUCAGCCAGGGCAAGAUUGUAUUGGAGGAGGACAGCCUCCACCCCACGGAGGGCUGCGGGCGCUACAUCAGCCGCAAACCCUUCUCUGACCACGUUUACAAGAGGAUAAAGGCUCGCAGCAGGCUCACAGAGCUGCGCGGAGUGCCCAGGGGCCAGUACGACGGGCCGGUGUGUGAGGUGACUGUGACUCCCAAGGUGAUGUCCACAGUCUCCUCAGUGAAGACUUCCCCUGCCAAGCAGCAGCAGCAACAGCAGCAGCAGCAGCAGCAGAUCACCCCUCAGCCAAUGCGCAACCUUCACCAGUCUGGCUUCAGUCUGUCUGGUGCCCAAGUUGAUGACAACAUUCCUCGUCGCAACACUCAACGCAUCGUGGCUCCCCCUGGCGGAAAAGCCAACAUCACCAACCUCGGCUAAGCUCUUUCCUCCACAGAGCCGGGGGUGCAGCCCAACACGGGACCAGAGGUCACUCUCACUGCUGUCGCAUCACACCUGGUCACCUCCGUCUCCCUCUGCACCCCACCCACAAACACUUCAUCCAUUCUUAUUCACACACUACCACGAUGUCACUUCAUGCAAAAAAAAAAGAAAAGAAAGCACUAUUCCAUUUUGUUUCAUCUUUCCUGCCAUAUUCCAUUAACAAGGAAGGGAUCAAGUGAAUUGAAGCAGCCUUUUUGCUGUUUUUAAGCUCAGUUUGAUUAUUGAUGACGUUAAUUUGUUUACAUUUUUUUUGUAUAAUUUUUGCUGUACAUGUUUGAGCUGUUUAGUUGUCCUCUUGGCUCAGAAAGUUGACAGAAAAAGAAGCGGUCAGUGUCAUGAGGCGGGCAUUUUUAGAAACUGCAGGUGUUUACAAAUUUUUCUUAAUGCGCCGUACAUUUCCCAAAUAGAAGUUAGAAAGCGCUGGUGGUCGUGUUACUGUGCCACCUUCAGGUGAAAGUAAAGCCGUUUUCCAUGUUGUAACAGUUUUACACUGUAAGAUUGCUGUUUUAGCCACAAAAAAAAUUCUAAAUACUAACCAUGAAAGAUGAGAUUGUAGAAUAUGGAUUCUGCAUCUCAUAACACCUAAUUGUAUCUUAAUAUUGCAGUAUUUGAUUUGUUGUGUAGGUACUGUAUACAGCAGAACAGUUCACUUUGGUCUUCCGUUUGUGUUAUAGUUGAACUUUCUUCACUUUUUUAAAAUUGAUGUUUUUUAUCACGUUAAGUCAUUCUGGAAAGCGCCGACUGCACUGAAAGGAAGAGAAAGGGUAUUUUUGAGUUAAAGCACUCAUUCAACGACUGGCACAUAACAUUUAGUCUGAGAAACAUGAACCUUUUCCCUCAUUUCACCACUAAUUAUUUUGCCUCAUGUUUGUUAAAAGGCUGUCAGGGCAACAAGCUUCCAAUAAUCAGACCAGUAUAUAUUGUUGAGGAUACAGACAGACACUUAGGAGAAGCUAGAUGGGAGGUUUCCCCGACAACCUCUCUGCACCCGGUGCUAUAUGACCAUUGCUGUAUAUGUGCAGAUGAUGUCCUCGCCCACACAGCACUCACCAUUCAUCUACCCAGUUUUGACAGAGUUUGUUUUGCACCUGUAACAAUCCAAAUGAUAAAAAAAAAAUGUACGUGAGCUUGCAACUUUUUAUUUGUGUUGGAUAUGUCUGUAUGUUUAGGAUACUACUUGCCUGCCUGUUCUGUAAGAUAUUGACAGCACACUGUAUCUAUGAAGGCUCUUCAAAGAACCAGGAUCUUUGAGACCUGAUGAAAAAUGCUUCAGUAUGUAUAUGAAACCCUUCACAGUGUGUUGAUGAUGUUCUCGGUGUUAGUGUCGUGAAUGAAAUUAUCAGAUAUCCAGUUUUCUCCUCUCUUACCUGCCCAACGCUGUCGACACCAGAUCCACUCGAGGUAGUUCCUGUAUUCACCAAACCUCAGUUUCACGGCACUGUAUGCGGCCAUACUGUAAAACACUGGAUAAUUUCUUCCUCAUUGCCUUGUCAAGUGUAGGUUUUGUAUGCCAAGCUAUAAUGUGAAGUGAUUUACAUUUUGGGGGAAGUGUCUUGGUGAUGGUUAUUGAGUUGUGAUGUUGAGCACUGUUGUUGCCCCUCUCCCAGCAAGUGUGAUACUCUCUCGGUCAUGUAUGUUUUGUAGGAUACCAGGGUUUUUGGGGGGGAAAUCAUCGGUCGUGUCAGCAUUCGACCCUAUCUGUGUUGACUUCAGUGGAUUAAAAUAAUAAAAUUAAA